AUGCAAUCACAAAUUCAAAAUUUUGGAAAACCAACAAUCAAUUCAACUUCAUUCACCACCAAUACUCCAUUUAGUCCUCAACUUGAUAAUACUCUCAACGUUUCGUCAUAUAUAAAUGAUGCGCGAGACAUUCCAGUUGCUAUUGACAAUAUGUUACAAGUUUCGCCUAUUAUCACGCAACUUUCUAUGCCACCUACUCAAUUAAAUAUGAAUGAGAAUCAAGCUUUCAAUAUCCAAGAAAUGAUCCCACGCCAUACUUUACAACCCAUGCAAGUUUAUCAGCAGAUGCCACUUCAAUCACCUCAUCCACCUUUAUUAACUCAUUCUCAAAAAACUGAUAUUAUAAGCGAAUAUUCAUUCUUUUACGCACCUUGCAAUGAUUUCCAAACGUAUCAUAUCAUUUGCAAAGAAAUACCAUUUAAUUUUGAAAGUGUAUCUCAGUUAAUAAGCAACACUAAUAAUAACUUGAUGAAUAAUUACGUUCAACCUAACAACAUUUUUGUGUUUUAUCAUGAACAACCCGAAAUUAAGAAGAUUUAUCAAGUAACUUGUGAAAUGGUUUCACAUACAUUUUUAUUUCAAUAUUUAAAUAAAAUUAUUUAUAACAUUCAAUUCGUUAAUUAUGAGUAUCAACAACAAGAAUUUUCUAAGAGACAUCAAGAAAAUCUCAAAUUUCAUUUGAAAAAAGAUCUAGUUUAUUAUUUGGCACAAGUAAAUACCUAUGACGAUAAUUAUAAUGUACAAAAGAGAUUUAUUCAAGAUUAUCGUACUUAUGAAAGUAUGAUAAACUCUAAUACUUAUAUACCUCCUAACCAUUCUAAUAUUCCUUUUCCCUUUGAUCAAUCUUAUACUUCUCAACAAAAUAAUAACUGUCAAAUGGUUAGCUCUCAAAAUAAUGGUAAUUAA